CAGAAACGGAAUUGUUGUGGUUUUAGGUAUACGAUGUUAUAGACGUUUGGUCAAGUACGUUUCUGCGCGUAAGAGCCAGUUGUUUUGCAUGGUAACAAUGCUGUUGCCAGUCAUGUGGCUGUGGUAUCUGACAUAAGGUGGACGUGGUCUGUGAAGUUUCUGCAUGGCCAUUACAUAUAACAGAGGAUGCUGUGCAGUAUUCGGUAUCUAGGCAUUCGGAUAGCAGACAAGGAUAACAUCUAUCAGAACGCAAAUGGAUGUCUGGAAUUCUCAGGUGGAAAACAUGGACACCUCUGAUGUACCAUGGUGUUGGUUCUACUUGGCGGAGUGUGGAGUGUGGCACAUGUUUGAUAAUGAAUCAAGUUAUCAAUUAAUGACCAGUAACAAAAUUGAGGAGUAUUACAGAAAUAAUGGCGGUGGCACCAUAAUCCUUUUUGCCAACCAAUAUGAAUACUGUUUGAACUUUUCAGAAAUGAAGCUAAUUAAUAAAACAACAGGAAGACAGCAUCCUGUAAAGCGAGCUCCUUAUAGAUUAACAACAUUUAGGUAUGUCUGUGAUAAUGUAUCAGUACCUGCUCCAUCUCAUUGGGAAAAUGUUACAGAUGAACCUUAUCAGCUUAUUCCUCUGCAUGCCUCCACAAAUGAAUUUAAAGAAGUCAGUAAACUUUUCGGAAGUACUAUGUCUGAGAGUGUUAAAGAAAUAGCAAGAAUUCAGAAUAUUUAUUUGUGGGAUUGUUUUUACCGGAAAAAAAGACAAAUGUGUAAUCUUAAGCGAGCUAUCGAUAUUGAAGAAAUGAAAUUAUUUCAUGGAACUAGUUUGAACAAUCUAAAAGACAUAUGCAUGCUUAACUUUGACCCACGGUUACAUGGUAGUAAUCAAGGAACAGUGUACGGAAAAGGAACCUACUUUGCAAGACAUGCAAUCUACGCAACCAAGUUUUGCAAACAAAAUACACAGCUGCAUGUACUAUCACCACAUGGAGGCUGGUAUCAGCCCAGAAUUGUUUUUCUGGCUCGUGUACUUGUUGGAGAGUAUACUACAGGAAGAGAAGUCUAUAAGAGGCCUCCUCAAAAAGAGAGCACCACAAGAAUCUUGUAUGAUAGCUGUGUGGAUGAUAUAAAAUACCCUAACAUAUAUGUUAUCUUUGAUAGCAGCCAAAUGUACCCUGAAUAUGUAAUUGCAUUUUAAUUAUUUUGACCAAAUUUUACAAUAACAACAUGUAAUAAUAUAGCACAUUUUUAUACAUCAAAGUAGCUUGAUGACAGCUAAACAUACUUACAAAAAGAAGAUAAGAAAAUUAACAAAAUUUAA